CGAGGAACCACCGAACCAAUCUUUGACCGGCGAACCGAAUCGUAAACAGCUGAUCCAAGAUGGCGAGCUUCAGCACAGGUGUAGCGAGAUAUGGCCGAACACUUUCCAGAUGUUCAUACCUGUUCCAAAGACAGGCUGUGGCAUGUCCGUCCAUCACACAGACCCGAAACUUGAAUCUUCAAGAAUAUCAGAGUAAAGACUUAAUGGCAAAAUAUGGAUGUACAGUACAGAGGUUUAGAGUCACAGAUAAUCACUCAGACAUUGUAAAACUAGCCAAAGAAUUAGGUGCGGAAGAAUAUGUGCUGAAAGCCCAAAUCCUUGCAGGGGGCAGAGGCAAAGGACAUUUUGAACCAAGUGGAUUUAAAGGUGGAGUCAAGUUAACAAAGGAUCCAGAAGAAUUAAGUCCAUGGGUUAAACAGAUGAUUGGCAACAGGUUAAUUACAAAACAGACUCCAAAACAAGGUGUUUUAGUGAGCAAGGUUAUGGUUGCUGAGGCAUUUGAUAUAGCUCGGGAAACCUACUUUGCUAUUCUGAUGGACAGAGCUCACAAUGGCCCGGUGAUGGUGGGCAGUCCGGCCGGUGGAAUGGACAUCGAAGAGGUUGCGGAAAAAACGCCAGAACUUAUUUUCAAAAUACCUAUUGAUAUUAAAGAGGGAAUGACAGAUGAACAGGCCAUGCAGAUGGCUAAAAACCUUGAGUUUAAAGGAGCAUCACAAAAAGAGGCAGCUGAACAGAUAAAACGUAUGUACAAAUUAUUUUUAGGAGUGGAUGCCACGCAGGUUGAGAUCAAUCCAUUUGGUGAAACACCAGAUGGCAAAGUUGUGUGUUUUGAUGCGAAGAUCAAUUUUGAUGAUAAUGCCAAAUAUCGACAGCAGGAACUAUUCAAACUAGAGGACACGUCUGAAAGCGACCCCAGGGAAGUACAGGCAGCCAGCCACAACCUAAAUUUCAUUGGAAUGGAUGGCAAUAUAGGAUGUCUAGUAAAUGGUGCUGGUUUAGCAAUGGCUACAAUGGAUAUAAUCAAGUUACAUGGCGGAGAGCCUGCUAAUUUCCUUGACCUUGGUGGCGGUGUUCAAGAAGAUCAAGUUUUUGAAGCGUUCAAAUUACUGAAUGCAGAUAAAAGUGUGAAAGCCAUUUUUGUGAAUAUAUUUGGUGGCAUUGUAAACUGUGCAACCGUUGCUAAUGGCAUAACAGCCGCAUGUAGAGGAAUGGAUCUACGAAUACCGGUAGUAGUAAGAUUAGCAGGUAUGAAUGUUGACGAAGCUAGUAGGAUUCUAGCUGAGAGUGGCCUCCCAAUCCAGACCUCUGAUAACCUAGAUGAUGCUGCAAAGAAGGCUGUAUCUUGCCUCCAGUAAUCUGUGACCUAUGACCUACAUUCUUUAGUUUUUAUAUAUAUAUAUAUCAAAAUUAUUGAAAUUAAUUUCAAUGCGUUAUAUAUACCACUUUAAUUUUUUGAAUACAACAAAUAAUUAUGUGGAUUAUAAAUUACAAGAUUUAAUGAAUCUGAACUUGUAUACAGUAUGUUGUUAAAAUUACAGAAUUAUUAUUUUAAUUUAUCACACCUUACCUCUACAAAUUAGUACUGUAAAGAUAUACUGCCUGUAAGCAGAACUAAUAAAUUUGAAAAAAUAAAGUAUAAUGUUGGAAUUGCUUGCUUUAUAUUUUAAAAUUUAAGCAUUCAAUUAAAAAUAUAUUAAAAGAAUAUUUUCUUGCAAAUCACCAGAAACUUUAUGAUACAUCUCCUUUAUUCUUUACUAGACUACUUUAUUUGGCUGGUGAUCAAUUAAAUUAAUUAAAUGAUUUUUGUAGUAAAAAAAUAGAAAUCUGCAAAAACGGAAUUGUUUUGUUCUGGGUUGUUGCAUUAGAUAACGCUCUAUCCCAUUUGACAAAAAACUGUUGUAUGCCCAUAUAUGGUGGUCAUAAUAUGAUGUCAUCAUGACCAUAUUUAGGCAUGUCACAUGUUUUGUCAAAUAAAAUUUUAUAGUCUGGACAGAGCUAUAAGAUUUACUUAAAUGAGUUUUAAGUGUAUUAACACUGCCCUCUAUUGAUUCAACUUUCUGAGUUUUAUAGAAAACUAAUCAUAUUAUGGUAUAACAUUCAGGUUCUCUGCAAAUGAAUAAAGUAUUCAUUGAUUUAAUAGGCAGACAAAUAUAAAAAUUCCAAUAUUUUUACUUUACUCUAUCCUCUUUUGUAGUGAUAUCUUUUCUGUAAAAUGGUUGAAAAUAAUAAUGUACUGUAAGCAAUUAGGCCUACUUAAUAUCAGAGACACAGAAUUUUAGUUUCAUCAUGAUAAAAAAUAUAUAUACUGUUCAACAGAAAAUUAUACAAAAUGACAGAUUUUUUAGUUCAGUAUUUGUCUUAUGGUUUUUGAGAACUUGAUGAAAAUAAAAAUACCAUUACUGGAUAUUUUCUGUGAAGAAAAAAUACUAGCCCAA